AUGGCAACUCGACGAGUUCGCCCUGGAACAGAAAACUCUAAUUUAACUAAAGUAUUCAAGGUAAUCCAUGAAAAAGGAGGAAGGAAAAUUGGAAUCACUACGCUCACAUCAUUAGGCUGUUUGCUAGCAGUUCGUGUAGAAAGGCCAGACAAUACAUGCGAUGAAAAACUUAACAUCAUAUCAAGUCUACACGAUAAGGCACUUUCCAAAAAACUGCAAGAUCUGACGCAACAAUGGGAAGGAUUCAUGUAUUCAAAGUUCGAGCUCCAGACUGAGCUUACCAAACAGAUGAAAAACCCAUCAAAAUAUGGUGGUUUAAAGGUAGGAAACAGUGCAUGUUGUGGUACUGGACCUUUUCGAGCUAUUAAUAGUUGUGGAGGGAAGAGAGAAACACGAGAGUUUGAACUGUGUGAGAACCCUAACGAUUAUUUAUUUUUCGAUCCCUAUCAUCCUACUGAAGCAGCGAACCUUCAAUUGGCAGAGCUGUUUUGGGAGGGAGAUUCCACAGUCGCAUCACCCUACAAUUUAAAAAGCUUGUUUCAAGUUACGUAUAUUGAUAUCAUUCAACAUACCACCCAAUAG